AUGGCUGAACGAAGGAUAGCUGACCGAAGGUUAGCUGAGCGAAGAAUAGCAGAGCGAAGGAUAGAACAGUCAACUUUCAUGAAACGGUUAAACGCUUGCGAUGUGUUCGCUAACAGAUAUGAGUUCAAUCCACAGAAUAUCAAGAGAAAGAAAACAGAACAAACAGUUCUCGCUCAGAUUCCAAGUUCAUUCCGAUAUCCGCCGAUCAGCUUAAUACCUCAACCUGCGAUCAGCUCAAUACCUCAACCACCAACCCGCUUAAUACCUCAACCACCGACCCGCUUAAUACCUCAACCGCCGAUCAGCUUAACACCUCAAGCACCGAUCAGCUCAAUACCUCCACCGAUCAGCCCACUACCUCCACCGAUUAGCCCAAUACCUCAAGCACCGAUCAGCUCAAAACCUCAAGCACCGAUCAGCUUGAUACCUCAAGCACCGUUUCUUAUUGAAACUCGCGCUUUCUCUGGUCGACUACGACGUCGUGGACAAUCAGAAACUUCUGGUCAUCCCCGAUUGCGUCCAGUGACAUCGGAAGAAGUUGAUAGUGUACCCAAAGAAUAUCUGAGAGGUAAAGUAUCAGACAAAGCUGUAAAUAAGAUAAUAGAAGAAUUAGAUUCAUAUAUCAGGCAGAAAGUAAAACUGAUGUCUGCUACUAUGAGCUCUCUACCCCUGCGUAAACAGAAGCUCGUUCUUAAAUGGAAGAAAGAUAUCAAGAAAGAUGUUGGUCAUUUGUAUUUGGUCGAUAAAUAUUUGCCCCCAACAGCAUUUCUACGAAUGUUAGAUGCUCUUCCUGAACAGCAAAAAUCUCACAUGAUGGAAUUGGCAUUGGACAAAAAAACAUAUGAGCUUAAUUCAAUUAUGGAAGGAAUUCUUUCAGUAUUACCUACUCAAGACCGCGAAGAUAGCCGCAGAUUUAUGGAAUUAUUGAAUGCUUUGAGCUGCUGGUCAGAUGUUUUAUAUGAAGCUUCAGCACCAUUGUACCCAUUCAAUAUUGAUUUGAAAAGUUCGGGUAAAGUUACGGACAAGCGUCGACGUAAUCGGGUUCCUCUCUCGCCAUCGCUAAUUGCCAAAUUAGAAAGUAAAAAUGUCAAAAUCUAA